UCUUUUCCCAUCAGGCUGUUCGGGAAGAGGGUGUGGAGGAGGGGAAAGGAUGGUUGUUUGCUAGCAACGGUCGCUGUGGAUUCCCGCUGCCAUGUCUGUGAAUUACUAAAAUUAUUGUACAGAUUUCAAAAUGUCUGGCCUGACUCUAGCUGACGAAACUGCUGGAGAUAUUCCUGUCCGAGACAUCACUCUAAACCUCAGUGGAGCAGGCAUACCAGUUUUAGAGAAAGAGUCGCUGCUUUCCCAAAAUGCCCGAGCCAGGCAAGCUGUGGCGAAGAUCAGCCGAGAAGAUCUGGAGGACCGAUAUCUGCGCAUGCAGGAGGAAAACCUCCUACUUAAACAGCACUCACACAAACAAGAGGACAAGAUCAAGAGGAUGGCUACCAAACUGAUCCGCUUGGUGAAAGACCGUAAGCGUGUGGAGCAGGCAUCUUCAGCAGGCCAUGUAAUAGCAGGUCGGAAUGUUGAGAUGGAGGAGAUGAUUGAGGAGCUGCAAGAGAAGAUUCAUGACCUGGAGAAGCAAAAUGAUGGACUCAAGCAGCGUCUGCUCACAGCAAAACAGCAGAUUCAGACCCAGAGUCGUAGACCAACCCCCUACAGUCACGUUCAAUCCCGCAUUAACUCCGGACUGCGGAGGCUUCGGGAGGACACACCUGUACCACCUCAGCAGCCAAUCACACCAAGAGGAGCAGGAACUAGACAUGUGGAAGGGGAAAUGAGCAGCAGACCCCCACAGGGGCUUUUACCUCGAUAUGGACACAGUCUUCUGGAUGAGGCUCGCUCAGAGAUCCGUAAUCUGGAGAAUGUGCUAGAAAUGCAGAGGGCUCAGAUGGAAGAGAUGGAGAGAUCAGCGGAGAUUUUGAGAGAGCAGCUGCAGAUUAAGGAGAGAGAGUAUGAGGAGUCUCUCCUACAGCUAAGAGAGCAGCAGACUACUGGCCAGAGGUCGAACAUUAAGGACAAUGUGGAGAUGAUAAAGCUGCAGAAACAACUGGCUGAUAAAGGAAAUUCUUUCAGUGUGCUGGAGGGAAGAUUCCUUCAACUACAAGAGAGCCAGAAGACUCUAAAGGCUAGCCAUGACACAGCCAUGGCUAAAGUGGAUGAGCUGAUGGGGCAGCUGAAAGAAGAGAGGCUGAAAAGUCUGGGUCUGGAAAAGCAGUUACAAACUAAAGCACUGCAGGAGAGGAGGACUUCUGAGUUGCUUGAGCUAAUUCGGGAUUUGGAGAAGGAGAGAGACUUGCUCAAAGAGAACUGUGACAAGUUAGUGAACAGCGCCUUUGACGUUAGUCAGGAACAGAAGUGGAAGACAAGAGAGCAGCAGCUCAAACUGCAGAUUGCUCAGUUGGAGAUGGCAUUGAAAUCUGACCUCACUGAUAAAAACCAAAUCCUGGACAAGAUUAAAGCAGAGAGAGAUAUAAACGAGAAGCUGAUAAAAGAGAAUAAAGAACUUCAACGCAGCUAUCUGGAACAGAAACAACAGUUAGAUGAAAUAAAAGACCGCAUGAAGUUCUUUACAAAGGAGAGUGAAAUAGAUGCUGCUGAACUCAGUGAAGCACUGAUGCUCAUAAAGGUGCGUAAAACACAGAAGAAUGGAGAGUUGGGUUUCCUGGAAAAAGUAGAAGAGGAGGUUCAAAUAGAUGCAGAACGCUCACUGAAAGAACUCCAGGCCACUUACGCUGAAACUGUCCAAGAGCUGGAGAAGACAAGAAACAUGCUGAUCAUCCAGCACAAGAUCAAUAAAGACUACCAGGCUGAAGUUGAAGCAGUUACAAGAAGGAUGAAUGAUCUGAAGCUGGACAAUGAACUUAAACAGGAGAAACUGGCCCAGCUCCUGGACAUGAGAGCUGCAAAGAUAAAGAAACUUGAAGCCCAACUGAAAGACAUUGCCUAUGGUACCAAGGCCCAUGUCUUCCGCCCUGACAUCACAGACGAUGAUGUGGCUGAUGUGUUUGAUGAAACGGUACACCUGGCUCGAGGAGAGAACCUUCUGGAGAUCCAUCUUGGCACGGCACGUUUCAGUCCUGAGGCUCUGGACAGUCUGAGCGACAAAGACCCCUCCACUUUCUGCACUUAUGCCUUUUAUGACUUCGAGCUGCAGUCCACGGCUGUGGUGCAAGGACAUCAGCCAGUUUAUGAUUUCACCUCCCAGUACCUUGUGAAGGUGGAUGAUCUCUUCCUGCACUAUAUCCACAGCAGUUCUAUCGGUGUGGAAGUACAGCUGGCCGAGGGCCUGACUUUCCGCACCAUAGCUGCAGGACAGAUACGGCUGAGUCAGGUGCUGGAGAGGGAGGGGAAAGUGUUUGGCACUCUGCAGCUCGUAGGUGUUAGUGGUGAGAUCCAAGUUUUUGGCACUCUGGACUACUGGCUCAGACUGAGGGUUCCUAUGGAGCAAGCCAUUCGUCUAUAUAAGGAGAGAGUCAAAGCUCUGGGCUAUCUCAACUCCAGUGGAAAAGGCCAGAGCCAGGCUUUAACUGCCCCCCUCUCCAGCUCUUCGUUUAAGGAUGGAAACCUGAACGAACUCUACAUCACAAUACGCUCUUGCAGUAAGCUAAAAUCCAGAGGACCUCAUACGCAGCCCAGUCCAUACGUCAUUUACAAAUUCUAUGACUUCCCUGACCAUGACACACCAGUCAUUCCCUCCACCAAUGAGCCACAGUUUGAGGAUCACAUGACUUUUCCCAUGACCAUGAACUCUGACCUUGAUGCAUAUUUGAAAGCAGAGGCUUUGAUCCUAUAUGUGUUUGAUGACCUGGAUUUUGGGAAUCAACUCUACCUGGGCAAAGCCAAUGUACCGCUUAUAUCUCUGGCUCAUGAUAAGGCCAUCACUGGUACAUUUGAGCUAACAGACCUAGCUGGUCUGCCCAGUGGCUACAUAGAUGUGACUCUUAAAUGGAAGUUUACAUACUUGCCUCCUUCUGGCUUGGCAACAACAGCAGAGCAGGCCAAGUUUAUCACCAAAGAGGCUCCAAUCAAGUUAGCAACUGAUCUGGAAUCUGGAAAUAUGAAUGGAGUUGAAGUGAAUGAAAUUGUAACUGCUACGACCCCUUUGCCAAAGCCCAGAUUGCGUACCCUUACAAAACCAGCUGCUAAAAAAGUUUCAUUCUCGAAUGUGACAGAGCCUGAAAUCCAGAUGGGAGGAACUACUUCCCCCAGUGGUGAUAAGGAGAACAAGCCCUCUACUGUUAUGACAUCAAAGGAGACAGUCAGAGUGGUUGAGGUGGGCCAGACCUCUGCAGUUACAGAGGAAGAAGAUGAUGAAGAGUCACAUUUUUCAGAGGGCCAGGUGAUCGCAGUCGGCUCUCAGUCUGUAUCUGAUGACUCCGAGAUCUCUGAGGAGCUGGAAGAGCCAGAAGAUGACGUACAGCCAGCGGAGUGCUCAGAUCUCAGUGAAUCGAUCCUUUCAGACAGCGAUGACUGCAUCGUGCCUGCUCGGUCUACCCAGACCAGGAAACAGCCAUCUGAACGGAUCCGUGUGGAGAUUGUGUCUCUGAAUCUGAAGCCAGACUCAAGGGUCUCUGCGGAUUCGAGUGUGGUCAGGCUGUUUGUGGAGUAUAAUUUCCUGGACCUGCCUUCAGAGGAGACGCCACUGUCCCUGCCCAAGCCUCUGCCUGGUCACAGCAUCUACUACAACUACAGCCACGUGAUCCAUGUGGAUGUGGAGAAUAACCAGGCCAGGCGUCACAUGCUUAGAGCAGUACUAGAAGGCAGGAACAGAAAGCUAGAGAACAUCAGGUUCACGGUAGUGAGUGACCCGCCUGAGGAAGAGGAGCAGGAAAAGGAGUGUGAGGAUGUGGGCGUGGCCUAUUUUCGGAUAUCUGACAUUCUGAAGAAGCAGAGAGACAUGAUAGACAUCAGCCUUGACAUUGUGGAUGUGCAGGACAGCACUGAAGUAGUGGGGACACUGAAGGUGACUGUAGAAGCUCUGGAGGCUCUCAGAUCCAUCAUGGAGGAUCCAGACCAUGAUCACUCUAAGCCCCAGUCAGAAAGAUAAUUGCAGAGAAACAGCAGUACACAGCCCGAAGAAGCAGUCAAAAGGACUGAUGGGAAUAAUCAGGUGAAGUUAGUGGGUUUGUUUACACUGCAGUGUCGGAGCCAGGUAAAAUCAGAAUUGUGGAUCUCACAUGUGUCACGCAUAAACCAGUGGAAAAUUGGUGAUAAAAUUGUCACACACAGAGAAUCACCAAUCUAUGUUCUUUUCCUCAAAGCAUAACAGGGAUGACAUAAUGUUCAUGUUUAGAGAUGUUGAAGUAUAUUUAUAUUUUCAUCUAGUAAGGAAAUUAGUAAAAAACUAUUUUCUGCCUCCUCCUAGCUGAGGAAACAGCAUUGACUUGUUUUACAUAAUCCUCUAAAACAGCAAAAGGCAAUAAUAGCAGGCAUAUCAAACACCCUUCCAAAUGAAUAGCAUCGAAGGGCUUUGCUUCAUUCUCCCUACAGUGUGACAUUCAUUAUGAUAUGAGUAUUUCUCUAUGGGUCUAAAGCCUCUAGUGCUCAGUUUGAUGUGCUGAUGAUGUUUAGCACAUUAAUAACCGCUUAAUGAAAAGCCUGUUAAGUCUUAUUAGCCGCUGUGUGCCGCACGGCUGUUUUUAUAUUGAAGAUGUGGAAUGGAAUCUAACUGAAUUUAAUGGGAUUUAACCCAUCCCUUUAAAAUGCUAAUGCCCAUUUUCAUGGACGUUGCCUCAUAGCGUGCAUGCUCUCCCUCUGCUGAAUGCUCGCUGGUUCUGCACUGGAUUCUUCUGGACUUCACUUGCUUGGGUACAUAACAAUUCUAGGCUUCACUUAUCACAUUUUAGUUAAGUGAAUAGUAUUAUAUUUUUGUACAGGACCAUUAUUUUUGUACAAGAGCACAAAUAAAAAUAGUCGUAUUUAUUCAGACCUUUUUCACUACCGUUAUAGAUAUUGUUUUACACAAUUAGAAAUGUCAGUAUUUAUAAAUGUAUUUGAUAUUUAUUAGCUGUUUAUAUGGUGCAGUUUCAUUAAAAAAUGUUCUGUGUUAAGUUUUGCUUCUUGGCUGUCACUGUCGAUCCAUCUGCACAUAUAUGUUUAUUUACCCGAAUCAUUAGUAUAGCUAGCAAGUGCAUGAUCAGAGCGUUUAACGGAUUUGGCCUGCUGCACGGUAGGUCUGUCAGUCUAACUGAUCCGUGGUAUUGACUGACAUGGUGUGUGAGCUCUUUAUGUGUUUAGUCUGACCUCAUCAUUAGCUCUGCUCAGGAGCUGAUCAAUAGCAUCGAUCACUGCUGGCCAGCACUGCCCCUGAGACAUUCUCCUCCACCCUCAACACAUGCAAAUAACCCUGCCACCUGAAAAGGAAUAGAGAAAAAAAAAACACAAGAAGAAGUGUCCCAAGUGGUCUCAUUAGGCAUUCAGAGUUAAGACGUGGGGCGGGUCAUGUUGUCAUGUGCAGAUGAUUGGAGCACAGCCCUUUGACAGCUGUGACAGGCGGGUGGGUGGCCUCGUGGCCCCUUCUCCUCUUUUGGCCCAUCUGUCAUUUUACACUGAGCUUUCUUGCCAUUGAGAGGAAACUGUACAGUACUAGUCCUCAAUUAGGCAUGUUAGCUACAAGAGGGAAAUGUCACUUUCACGACAGGGAUAACCCCUGUGUCCACCAAGGCCACUUACUACAGCCAGAUCCCAAAUGAGCCUGGACUGGGACUACUCACUGAAAUAACAAGUUUGAAGUGUCAUUAUGCAUUUAAAUUGAUUCUCUGUAUACUCCUCCUCUAGAUUCAUUUAACUGCUAACCUCAUGGUUUCCCUCAUACAUGUUUUCAUUCCAUCUAAAAGGUAACAAAAGCUGAAGCUUCAAACUUCAAAAUCUCACGCCAUGUGUGAGUGUUGAUAAACACGAGUAGACCCAGUGCUCGGGUGCGCACUUGGAAUGGCAGUGUCUCAUGUCAGGAUGUUUUUUUUUUGCUCUUCAUGAAUUGGUAAUGGUCUCAUUUCAAGCUAUGACACGUUUGCCUAAAUAGACAGUAUAGGAUCACUUUCCGUGUUUCUGCAACCGACAGGCCCGCUGCAGGCAAUGGUGCAUGAUGUUUGCCUUUCACUCCUGUCUCCCUAAUCCGUCACCUCUGACCUCUGGUCCUGUAUUUAGUACCCGCUAUGGUUUUGAGUGACUGCUCCCACACCAGCCGCAGCAUUGCACUCGUCUGAGUGUGACUGGAUAAGGCUCUCGCCUGUCUCAGGCUUUCAUUACGCUGUGUGCGCCGCUGCCCACCAGCCAGUACUUCCUCACUGCAGGCCUGUCAACCACAUGAUCAGGGGUGCAUGAAGAUCUGACCUCGCUCUCUCUUGCUUCUAUAUUGGAAUAUAGGCAGAUUCUUACUUGCAUCAGGAAAAAUUUAUUCAGAUAAGCUUCACUAAGGGAAAUGGGGAAAGAAGUCUGUGCUAGGGUAAACCUUACAACCCAUAAUUUAACUGAGUGAUGUACAAGAACUAAAGGAGUAAAAAUACUGAGUGCUGAGAAUUAGCAAAGGAUUAGUCAAAAGUAGAUGUAUUAAGAAGUGAUUUAUUUCUUCUUGAGAAUAACAGAGAAUCCUCUAAUUUUAUACACACCAAUGCAAAGUUCUAGCAAAAAGAAUUCCAAGCAGCCAGUAGGUGGCGUGUGAACAUCGCUCUUGUCAUAUUGCAGCCCACGUUCUGUCUCACUCUCUCCACGACUCACUGAUCCUGAGGCGUUAGAGCGGGAGAUUUUUCCCUCAUAGGGCACAGUGUAAUCUCUUAACCUCUUGCCCAGUCAGCUUUCCUCCCCUGUGUGUCAGCCCUGUUACCUGCCCUGAUAUACCAUAAUAAUUAGCUAAAUAGAUCACUACCGGUGCCUUUUAGCUUAGCCUGCCCUUUAUUUUUAAACUGUCUCUUUGCGUGACAGCUUUAACAUUCCUUGGGUUAAGUAACUGGCUCUUGGGUCACAGGGCUUCUGACCUCGUUUUUUGGCUGGCUCUGCAUUAACAACACUUUAAUAUAUGCGCAGCAUGUCACUUCCAAAAUUACACGUUCAAUUCAGCACUGUCGUGCUCUGUUUCUCUGUUAAAGUUUUACAGUUUUUAAGCUACUGUACAGGCUGUGGUUAAAAGAUUGACUGAUCUGGUUCCUUGUGGAAUAUUUAUUUUCUUGAGAGCGUAUGAGUGUGUGCUCGAGCACACUUACAUUUAGUUUGUCUCCUGUUGAGGAUUUUGUUGUGACCUUCAGUCUGGCCAGGACAGCGCUUCUCAGAGCAGCGUUUAAGCGUAUUGAUUCCAGCUAACAUAAAAAUACACUUAUUGAGAGGCUGUUAAAAGCAUUAGCAUCUUCCUGAUAGCACUUACGCUCCAUAAUGUCAGACUACUAAGAGUCAUUGUGUGUUGAGCUUAAAAACUGUGAAGCACUGUCUCUUAAUCAAUGCUUUUCUCACUCUAUAUCCUUACUCACGUACUGUUCUUCUGAAGAUAACCUCCUUAACACCCAAUAACGUUUUCCACCUGAGAGAAUCUUAUUUGCAAAGAGGAAUGGAAUCAAUAGUAUUUUGCUACACAGAAAAAAAAAAGAACAUUGAAGCACAUUUAUUUUGGAUUGAGUGUUACAUUUAUGGUUUUUAAUUGUGAAUUAUUGAAUGGAGCCAAAUCUUUUUUCUCGAUGAUGGACCAUCAUCUGUGUAUCCCCCUUAGAUUGCAGGUGAGUGUAUAUGUGUGUAUGGGAGAGUAACCACUUUUAAGUGAUGUAUUAGCCAGUAAGCAGGGCUCGGUGUUCUGUACAGUUCCCUGAAUCUCUCUCUCUCUCGCUCUCUCUCGCUCUCUCUCGCUCUCGGUCUCUCUCCGCAGGGCUGCAGCACAAUGAAUUUUCCCGUCUUCUGUAUUCUUUAGAUACAGGCUAGACAAAGAGGUGGACAAAUCAAUCUUAAUAUUAAUCAUCUGUCCUCCUGACACAGCUUUACAGAGAGAUGACCUUCGCCCCCAUCCCCACUUAAAUUACCUGCCCAUUGUUUCUCCACCCGUGUAGCUACUGGCAAUAAUUUUCCAGCUCCACCUGGGUUGCUUAACCUGAGAUUUACUCUUCAGUGAUUGGUAUGUGGCAGAGGUUUUUGUGUGUGAUGAGAAUGGGAAUCCACUGCGAUUUUCUUUUGCCAGUAGAUUUGCAUUAGUAAAUAUUUAAAAAUGGAUCUAACCGAGCAAAAACCUGUCAUGUGCUGUGGUGGGAGCAGACUCACGUGUUUUGGGUUUAGUCAGCUUUCAUUUUUUUUUUUAGUUAAUUUUUCUACAUUUUUGCUAUGGAUCCAGAGUCCUCCAUGCACAUUAUUCUGUAGAAAAUGGGAGCUUAAGCGCUUGUUAGUGUCAUAAAUGAAAGUCGGCACAUAGCCUCAUAAAUUAGGCCUAAAAGCUUGUAUAAUAGUUUAUAUUGUUUAUAUUAAAUCCUGCCUAGAAUGUGUCAAGUCUUGAAUUCAGUAAUGAACAUCACACUAAAGAAAAAGUGUUAUUUAAAAAAAUAAUAGUAAUGUAUAAUGCUGGGCCUAUUAUUGUUAUCCUUUCCUUUUCAGGUAUGUUGUGUUUCUUUAUUGCAGUUUGAGAACUGGGAGAAGGGUGUAUCCAUCAGUAUCUUUUCAGUUCAAGUAAAGUACAAUUUAAUAAUUAAAUUGAAUCAUUUAAAUAAUAGAUGUUUCUUAAUUAUUUUUAUUUUCUUAAAUCUCUUUCAGUUACUGUGAUUUCCCUUGUGAAUGAAUGACUAAUAGUUAAGUUUUUUUGGAGUGCCUCGGAUGUUUACAUGGGUGAAUAAGUAUUCCUUUUCACACUUUGGGAGAAUAAGCUGAAUAAAUUUAGGAGUCCGGUGCCCUUUGGAUUAGACAUUAGAUGUCAUUGGUAAGACAGACCGUUCUACAUUGUUAGUGAUUAAUUGAAAGUAGCGGACGUACACCUUGAGUAGUGUUUAAUGCUCCAAUGACCUUGUGGAAAGUAAAAGGAGCACAUGGAAAAUUACAGGACCUGUGUUUCAGUGAGUGCCGUGCUUUAGUUCCCCUGGAGCCACAUACCUUAAAGCUAUGCUCUUUUUGAAAAUCCAUUUUGCUUACAAGAAGAUAGUUCUUAAUGUGUUUCAGUGCUUAAGGCAAUUCCUGUUAGGAUGCCUGAAGAGCUCAAAGCAGCACUCUUACACCAUCUCAGGCCAUCAUAUGCUGAGUCUUUUUUUUUUUUUUAUAAAAACAAAUAUAAUAUAAUGAAACCAGCUGCUUAUGUCCUCAUUUUAACUCUGUGUUUAGGGGAGCUUUUUUAGCAAAUGAUGCACCUGUAAUGUAGGGCUGAGCAAAAUGAUCGUGUAAUAGUCGUGUCAUCAUUUAUCACGUGAUAACAGUGUGAUAAAUUAGGUCAUAAUAUACUUUUAUGAGAUAUCACAAGUAUCGUGAAACCUUUUUCUAACCUUUUUCUAUAUAUAGUACUGUCUAAAAGUCUUGUAAAAUGUUAACAUUUUUGAUAGAUUUUAAUUAUUUUUGCCUCAUUUUCAGUGUUAGUUUAAUAAGUUCAUAAAUAAAUUAUCAUUAAAUUCAGUUUUUAACAUUUGUCAGCAAUGCAGCACUACUGUUUUGCUUGCAGUUUGUUAGCUAACCUAUAUAUCGUGUAAUAUUUGGUGACCUGCUAAUAUGACAGGUACAGAAAUUACUGUUUAUUUUUUUGGUGGUGGUGUUGUUAUUUCUACAGUUGCUGCUGUUCAUACACACAUCUGAGCUAGCUAAUUGGGAUGCCAGGAGGACAUGGGGGCAUUUAAAUGACAUGUAUGUAUAUUCAUAGAUCCUCGAAUUUUUAAUGAAGCUGUAAGGCCGUGGAGAUGUUCCUAUUUUUAGUAGUUUAGUAGUUAGGGUAUUGAAAUGUUUGAAAACAAUGUAUUAUUUGACAUGGGGUUAUUUUUAAUGGUUUGAAAUGACAUUUUGUGGGUACUGUAAUGCUUUUUUUCUAUCGAUAAGGUUUUAGGAACACUGUGUGUUUGCUUGCUUAGCUGUUGGUAAUUUCUUUUUCCUCUCUUCUGACCUACAUGUCUCUGUCUCUGUCUAUCUGCACAUUCCUGAAUCUCAGUAGCACUUCCUUCACAUUUCUAGCAGAGCACAGUCAGGUCUGAUGGCGGGGCUGGUAUUGCCAAAGGUGCUGUAACGUUAGCCCAGUGCUUGUCGCUGUGUUUGUCUGCUCUGUCAGUUUUAUGUGAUCAGGUUGUUUCUGGGGCGGGUGUCAGGCAGGUAGUGUAUAUGAGGAGUUUACUAAGUAAAUACUGUGAUCUGUCUUCAAACUGCCAAAGACACUCUAAAUCUACUGCCAUCUGCGCUUCUGUGUGAUGGAAGGCCUCUGGCUCAGAGCUUAAAUGGAGAAAUUUUUCUCUCGAUUUCUCUUGAGCAUGUCAUCUCUCUCUCUCUCUCUCUCUCUCUCUCGCUCUCUCACUCACUCACUCACACACACACACACUCUUUCACAGAGAGGCUCGAGCACUGCAUUGUGAUUGUAUUUAUCCAGACAGUUAAUUCUGUUACAAAGAAUGCUGAGCAUGCUAAUUUAACAUUUCUUUAUGUAUAACCUGAUUUCUUGUCGACAAAGCGGAGACAACAAGAAAUGAGAUUUUACAUGGUACCUUGCUUUAAUAAACAAACAAGAGAAAGAACAAAAGACUUGCUUCACUUCAGGUCUACUCUCGGUGUGUAAAUAUGAACUGAGCACCAUGAUGAAAGCUGUUUUACUGCAAACAUGUUAUCGCCCAAUCUCAGACAGAGAAGAUAAUCCAUAAAAAGGAUUAUAAAGCAUGUCUGCUACAAAUGCUUUUUUAGAGUGUCUGCUGAAAUAUGUUAAUGUAUUCAUUAAUAUUUAUAUUUAAUCUUGUUAAUUAUUCAGCCAUGGAAACUCUCAUAUCAAAUAUAGUUUCCUUUUACGCGGAAAGGUUGCUCAUUGUUCUCAUGAUAAUGUUGAUCCCAUCUGUGUGUGUGCUAUAGUCUGUUGUGGAAUGUGUUAAUGAUUCGAUGGAUUUGACAAGCGUACCUCAAGUUUUCUCUUUACUUUGGUAUGCACACAGUGGAUGUAUGUGAAGUGGCAUAGCAGAAGUGUGCAAGCUUACCCAGCUGUGUGUGUGCGCGCGUCUGCGUGUGUGCGCAUGUGUGCGCGCA